AUGUUCUUAGAAGAAAAUGAAAACACAGACAAGAAGAAAGACCAUAUGAAAACUCGCAAAGAAGGCAAUUUCAGUAAGCCCGCGGUGCUGACCCCCAACGCCAUACCUUCAAUUAAGUUGCAAAGUUCUGAUGGAGAGAGAUUUGAAGUUGAUGUAGAAAUUGCCAAGCAGUCUGUGACCAUCAAAGCCAUGUUGGAAGAUUUGGGAAUGGAUGAUGAAGGAGAUGAUGACCCAGUUCCCCUACCAAAUGCUAAUGCAGCAGUACUAAAAAAGGUCAUUCAGUGGUGCCCCCACCCUAAGGACGACCCUCCUCCUCCUGAGGAUGACGAGAACAAAGAGAAGCGGACGGAUGACAUCCCUGUGUGGGACCAAGAAUUCCUGAAAGUUGACCAAGGAACAGUUUUUGAACUUAUUCUGGCUGCAAACUACUUAGACAUCAGAGUUUUGCUGUACAUUCCAUGCAAGACUGUUGCCAGUAUGAUUAAGGGGAAGACUCCUGAGGAGAUCCGCAAGACCUUCAAUACCAAAAGUGACUUUACCGAAGAGGAAGAGGCCCAGGUGCGCAAAGAGAACCAGUGGUGCGAAGAGAAAUGAAAGGUUGUG